AGCAGUGCUUGCACGGCACAAUCGCCGUUGACGGCCGAUGCGUGUGUGACAAUGGCUUCGAGUGCCAGGGAACAGCGUGCACGCAGCAAACCGUCAACCACCGCCGCUUCUCCCUCUUCUCCACAUCGUGUCCGGACUGCAUUUGCAAUUCCUCCCCAAGAAGCAAGUGCCCGCAUGGUGCGUUUCUGGACAAUGACGGCGACUGCUUGUGUCAAGAUCCGCGGUUUCAGUGUGUCGAUUCUCUCGGGCUGUGUCGCAUUGCCACGCUUCCCCAGCUUUGUGACCUUGAGCCAGACCUUCCACCUCCGGAGUUGCACUACUUUUCCUGGACAUGCCCCGACUGCCGUUGCGAGCUCAAGGACCCCAGCGUUGCGCAUGCACGGCCAUGCUCAGAGGCAGAGUGGUUCGAUAACAAGUUGGGCAUCUGCCUCCCGCUGACAAACUGCCCUCCCGGCACCAAGGUUUUUCUGCAAGCAACACCGACGAGAGAUCGCGUGUGCAUUGCUUGUCCAGCAGGCACCUUUUCAGAAACACACAAUGCACUCGAGUGCUCCAGGUUUUCUCAGUGCGACCCAAGCAUGCACGUGAUUGGACGAGAGGGAACCCCAUCAUCAGACCGCCUCUGUCUGUGCGCCCCCGGUUACCGCCACAUUGGCUCCAUCACAGACAGCAACGGCAGUGGUAGUGGCGGUGCAAAUGACAACCCAACGUGCGAGCCAUGCGCUCCAGGCACAUACACAAUUUGGCCGGGCGACAUCACAUGCACGUCCCAGCCAUCGUGCCCACCUGGUGUGCAGCUGGUUGGGGUCCCCUCCCUACGCAACCUCAACCACAUCGUGACGUGUCCGCUCGGUUUCUUCAAGGCAAGCCACAGCUGCAGCGAUAAGUGCACGCCCGCGCGCUCCUGUGCGCCAGUUGGUGUGGAGUAUGAAGUGACACCACCCACGCCUUCCACAGACCGCGUGUGCACUGCCGUCACAGCAUGUAACGCGAGCGCACAGUACGUGGCUCGCCCUGCCACGUCAACGUCAGACACAGUCUGCCGCCAUCUCCCACCGUGUCAUCCUCACCAGUUUGAGGACGUCCAUGCCAGAACACAGACACAACCCAACCGUGUGUGUCACAACACAACAGUGUGUGUGCUCGGCCAGACGUUUCAAGUCAAGCCGCCAACGCCAACCAGCGAUCGCAUCUGUCAAUCGGUGUCUCGAUGCGAAGUGGAGGCCACGGCCGCAACCCUGACAUCCGAUGCUGUCUGCGCUGCCACAAACACCACAGCAACAGGCUGCACAAGUGCACAGUAUUACGACAUUCAGGCUCAAGACUGCGUGCCUCUGACCACUUGCAGCUUUCACUUGGAUGAGUAUGAGGUCACACCCCCCACACUGACGAGCGACCGUGUGUGCCAGCGCUGCACCCGCUGCUCCGCGCUCCAAUAUGAGGCGCGCUCGCCGACGCUCACCUCUGACCGAUUGUGCUCCAACAUGACCACCUGCGGCGGCAGCCAAUACGUGGCGUUGCUGGCUACCGCUCACGCGGGCGCCGCAUGCUCAAAUGUCAGCACGUGCAGUAGUCAAGAAUACGAGGCUGUGCGGCCCACCGCCACUUCAGAUCGUGUUUGCAAGCCCUUUCGAUCAUGCCAGCGCGGAGAGUUUGAAUGGACGCCGCCAACGCCCACAUGUGAUCGCCAGUGCGUUUACGCCCGCGUGUGUCACCCGGGCGAGUACAUGCUUCAGGCGCCCACCGCCACAACAGACACGCGUUGCGAGCACUUGACUGAGUGUGCGCCUGGGCAAUAUGAGACGAAGGCGCCAACGCCAACGACGGAUCGCGUGUGUGACGCCCAUACCAACUGCCGUCCUUACACGUAUGUGCUGGUGGAGGCCACCCCGACAACAGACCGCACGUGCGUACCGGUUCAGCACUGCCCCGCCACAUCGUACCAGGUGGCACCAGCCACCACAACAUCAAACAUCGUCUGCGCGCCUUACUCUCAGUGCACAGCAUCUGAGUACGUAGCCGGGGAGCCGACGAGCACGAGCGAUGUGCAGUGUGCAAAUAUCACCGAGUGCGACUUUCCCGCGUUUUUCCGCGCGCGCGCAGCAUCUGGUGCUAUGGACACUGUCUGCCAGCCGGUCACCACCUGUGGCGAAAUGCAAUUUGAAGAGCGCGCCCCAACCGUGACAUCAGACCGCACGUGCAGUGACGUGACGCCAUGCGAUUGGGAUGUGCAGUACAUGGCUGUGCCACCCACGCCAACGUCGGACUGUGAAUGCGCAAACAUGACUGCGUGCAAACCCCCAGCCUACGAGGUGCGCGCGCCCACCUUCUCCUCCGACCGCUUGUGCUCCAUCGCCCCCGUGACACACCUGGUCACCGUCACCGUCACUGUGCCCAUGCUCAACUUCUCCUCCGACCAUGAGCGUGAGCGUGUGGAGGCCGCGCUGGCAGCCGCCGUGCGCACACCGCCUGUGCUUGCCGUCGGCUUUGUUGGCGUGCGGUGGAUGAAAGCGCCCGUCUUUGCCGCGCUUUUGGACUUGCAGGAUGACAACGCAGCCGCUCGCUUGCUCAGCCUCGACGCCUUCACCGUUGUUGAUCCCCGAAGCGGUGGCAUGAUUGUGGGGCGGCCAACGUCCCUGUCACCGUCCGUGAUCACCACCACUGCCGGUGGGCGUGGUGGCGGCGGAGGUGAUGGCGCCGGUGACGGCAGCGGCAGUGGUGGUGAUGGCGGCGGUGCCGGUGGCGGCGGUGGCGGCGACAAUGGCCAGAGCGGCGACCAAGGAGGAGAAGCAGCGCGAUCGCACCUCAUGGUCUUCGUGGCCCUGGGCGCAGUGUGCGUGGUCAUUGUGGUGGCGGCGUGCGUUGUGCUGGUGGUGGUGCUGCGUGACAAGCCUGCUCCGGCCAUUCCUCACGUGCGUUGCGGAUCCACCAGACGCCGAGAGUCCGCCCUGUCUGUCAUCAGUACCAGCACCAGCACCAGCACUGGUGCUGGACGACAUGCAAGAGGCACGAGUCAAGCCAGCACAGCCCGCCGACACCGGGAGCGGGCACAGCACCAAGGGCAUCGCCGGCAACGCCAUGGCGAUGGCGGCGGCGGCGACGACGAUGGUGUUGUCGUUGACCAGCACGGGUGCGGCUGGGCGCGGCUGGGGUGCCUGGUUCCGUGCCGUGGGGAGCCCAAGCUCCGCCCCGUACCGUCGCUCUCAAGUACAUCUCUGUCCGCGUCAUCAUCGAUUGGGUUGGCUUCCACCUCAUCGCCAUGCACUGUUAAUGGUGAUGGCGAUGAUGGUCGCUUCCAGCACGGCUAUGCCAGCCGUCACGCACGCUCUCACCAACGCCAUGGGUACGAUCACGGUCAUGGCCACAGCACCACGAGCCUUGAUAUGCUGCUUCCAUCCUGCGAUGAAGAGGACAGAGACACACCAGACAUGCCUGCAGGCACGAGAACACACCAGCCUCCUCACACGGCGCACUUGUGGCAACAAGCACAUCUGUCAGGGACGCAAGCGGCCGAAAUGACGCGACCAGGGGUGCAGCACCAUCUGAGCACUUCCAUCGAUGACAUGCCGCUGUCUGCUGUUCAGGACGAGUCAUCUGUGUAUUCUUCAUCACCGCAUUUGCCGACCACUACUGACGUGGCAUCUGCUGCCUCCUCGUCUCCACACGUCACACAUCAUGGGGGCAGAGCUACAUACGAGCGGAUUGAGCUGCGGCCACUACGACGCUGCACCUCCUCGUCCUCGCAUCGUCCGCCCACGGCAAUGUCGCCAACUGCCUGCUCCUUCGCUGCGUGGGCAAGCACGCACCCUUCUUCAAGCGAACCACCAUCAGUGGGCCCUCACUCGCGUUUGUCAACGUACACGCGGCUGCGGCCACUCGGCCGAGCGACACGAGAUACCGGGGCACAGGCGGAGCUGGAAGUGCAGUGCAACGCGGUGCCGGUGCCGGUGCAAGCACGUGGUGCCUGGCAUGCGUGUCAUCUUGAGGAGGACGAAGAGAAAGAGGAGCAAGAGAGUUUGUGCAGGAGUGGCCGGCUGCUCCAUGGCAUUCAAGAGCGGUACGAGGAAGAGGAGGAGGAGGAGGAGGAAGAAGAAGAAGAAUGGGUGGAAGAAGUGGAGGAAGGUGAGGAAGAAGGGGAGGAGAUGGGGGAUGUGAUGAACCUCAACGCUGUUGCCGAGUGUCGCAGCGGAAGCGGUAACAGCGGCAUGCGGCAGCUGUGGCGCGUGCAGCGAAGUGACGUCCGUACAGCUGGCACGUGCCAGCGUGGUGGGGGCGACGACAACACUGACGAUGAGGAAUCGGUUGUGGAGUCAGAGACACAUGGCGAUGAUGAUGCGCAACAAUGCGACGACGCCAAGCGCGCUCGAAGAUGGCAAAGGGGAGAGCAACGCAACACAGACAAUGUCCAUGGGGAGGAUGAGGAGGCGUUUGUGUUUGAGCGGGUGACGCAUGGCAUGGCUGGGCUGGUUCCAGCCAUGACUCCUUCCAGAUAUAUGUUUGGCGAGAGUUUGCGGGACAUGCCUCUUGUGCCUUCACGCAGAAGAGCAGGGGAGAAAGAGCAAGCAGGAGCGGAGUGUUAGCCAUGCUUUUGAGUGAGCGGCGUCAUGAGCGGUGUUCGUGUGUGUGUGUGUGUGUGUGUG